AUGGCUUUAUUAUACCAAAUGGUACAUUUCACUUUAUUUGCCUCCGUUGCUGGUGAGUGUGUGACCACGCUGUUCCAAGAUGCCUGCUUUAAAGGAGGAGACAUCUCUGUGGCUUUCACGCCAAACGCCAAGCACUGCCAAAGCACCUGCACCCACCAUCCGAGGUGUUUGCUCUUCACUUUUAUGACGGAGUCAUCAUCCGAAGAUCCUACCAAGUGGUAUACUUGCAUCCUGAAAGACAGUGUUACAGGAACACUGCCAAUGGUGAAUAUGACAGGAGCAAUUUCUGGAUAUUCUUCCAAGCAAUGCUUGCACCAAAUAAGUGCUUGCAACAAAGAUGUGUAUGUGGACCUAAACAUGAAGGGGAUGAACUAUAACAGCUCUAUUACCCAGAGUGCUCAGGAAUGCCAACAGAGGUGUACAGACGACAUGCACUGUCAUUUUUUUACAUUCUCCACAAGUCUCUUUCCAAGCAUAAAGGAUCGUAACACUUGUCUGUUGAAGAACACCCAAACAGGGACACCAACCGGCAUAACGAAGCUCCGUGAAGUGGUAUCUGGAUUUUCUUUGAAGUCCUGUGGCCUUUCUAACCUGGCUUGCAUUAGGGACGUUUUCCCGAGAACGGCGUUUGUGGACAUCACCAUCGACACUGUCGUGGCCCCAGAUCCCUUUGUCUGUCGCAGCAUUUGUACUCACCAUCCCAGCUGUCUGUUUUUUACCUUCUUGUCUGAAGAAUGGCCAACAGCAUCUGAAAGAAAUCUGUGUCUCCUUAAAACAUCUUUAAGUGGAUUGCCAAGCGCACGCUUUAGAAAGAACAAAGCCUUUUCUGGUUUUAGUCUACAAAACUGCCGGCACAGUGUCCCAGUGUUCUGCCAUUCUUCAUUCUAUCGCCACACUGAGUUCUUGGGAGAAGAACUGGACAUCGUAGACACGGACGGGCAUGAAGCCUGCCAGAAAACAUGUACCAAUAGCAUCCGCUGCCAAUUCUUUACCUAUUUUCCAUCUCAAGAAUCGUGCAACGGAAGGAAGGGUAAAUGCUACUUAAAACUUUCUGCAAAUGGAUCUCCAACUAAAAUACUUCAUGGGACAGGAAGCAUCUCUGGAUACACAUUAAGGUUAUGUAAAAUGGAUAAUGUGUGUACAACCAAAAUCAAGACCAGAAUUGUUGGAGGAACCCAGUCUGUUCACGGAGAAUGGCCAUGGCAGAUAACUCUGCACAUGACAUCACCCACCCAGAGACACCUGUGCGGAGGCGCCAUCAUCGGAAACCAGUGGAUACUAACAGCUGCUCACUGUUUCAACGAGGUCGAGUCACCUAAUGUGUUGCGUGUCUAUAGCAGCAUUUUGAAUCAAUCAGAAAUAAAAGAGGAUACAUCUUUCUUUGGGGUUCAAGAAAUAAUAAUUCAUGAUCAAUAUGAAAAGGCAGAAAGUGGAUAUGAUAUUGCCUUGUUGAAACUAGAAACAGCAAUGAAUUACACAGAUUCUCAAUGGCCCAUAUGCCUACCUUCCAAAGGAGAUAGAAAUGUGAUGUAUACUGAAUGCUGGGUGACCGGAUGGGGAUACAGAAAAUUAAGAGACAAAAUACAGAAUACUCUCCAGAAAGCCAAGGUACCUUUGAUGACUAAUGAAGAAUGCCAGGAAGGUUACAGAAAGCACAGAAUAACCAACAAGAUGGUCUGUGCUGGCUACAGAGAAGGAGGGAAGGAUGCCUGUAAGGGGGAUUCGGGGGGGCCCCUGUCCUGUAAACACAACGAGGUGUGGCACCUGGUAGGCAUCACGAGUUGGGGUGAAGGCUGCGGCCAAAAGGAGCGGCCAGGUAUUUACACCAACGUGAUCGAGUACGUGGACUGGAUUCUGGAGAAAACGCAAGGCCCUUGA